AUGGCUUUACCGGCUCAGCUCAAACCCAUCCAGCAUCACCUCCGGACCGCACAGGAGCAUGACAAACGGGACCCGGUCGUGGCUUACUACUGUCGGCUCUUUGCUAUGCAGACGGGCAUGAAGCUGGACAGUAAAACACCAGAGUGCCGAAAGUUCCUGGUCAAACUCAUGGACCAGCUGGAGUCGAUGAAGAAGGAGCUGAGUGACAACGACUCCAUCAGUCAGGAGGUCGUUGGUAACGCUCACAUCGAAAACUACGCCUUAAAAAUGUUCAUCUACGCCGACAACGAGGACCGAGGAGGACGAUUCCACAAGAACAUGAUCAAGUCUUUCUACACAGCCAGUCUGCUGCUGGAUGUCUUGUCUGUGUUUGGGGAGCUGUCAGAGGAGAAUAUCCAGCACAGGAAGUAUGCCCGCUGGAAGGCCACCUACAUCCACAACUGCCUGAAGAACGGGGAGACGCCUCAGGCUGGGCCCAUCGCCAUGGACGAGGACGGGGAAGCAGAUGAGUUUGGAGCUGAAGGUUUCUCAGGCCCUGGCCCCUCCCACGGAGGAUCCUUCAGGGGAGGUCCUCCCUCCCAGCCCUAUGACGACCAGGACAAGAGUUUGGGUCCAGGUCCCGCCCCAGGGAUUGGGUUUAGUCCAAGUCCAGGAGCGGGGCCAUCGGGUCCCCCCACCACCAGCUUCAACAACAUCCACAUCCCACCAGGCGCCCACGCACCAGCCAACACUCCAGCUGAGCUUCCUCCACCCACAGCAGAAGGAGUUAAACCCGUGCCUAUGCCCCGCACAGUGCCCACUGUUGACCCCACACUGCUCAGCGCCCAGCAGCAGGGCGGCGUUCAGCUCAGCCCGGACGACUUCACCAAGGCCCAGAAGUACUGCAAGUACGCCGGCAGUGCCCUGCAGUACGAGGACGUCGGCACGGCGAUCCAGAACCUCCAGAAAGCCCUGAAACUCCUCACAACUGGCAAAGAAUGAAGCCUUUGUCCUCCUCCGAUCUGAUCCCUCCAUCCCUCCUUCCUUCCAUCCCCCUCUUUUUCUCCCCAGCAGCACCGCUCUAUCUGUCACUGAUCUGGCCCACAGCAAGCUGAGGACGCAGCACUCGCACACACUCGUGCGUGUGCAUACACACACACACACACACACACACACACACACUCACACACACACACACACACACACACACACACUCUCUCUCUCUCUGAGGCCGUCCUGUGAAGAGAGCUGUUCAGCUUGCCGUCAGAGGAGGACAUGAUGGAAAUCAGUCUCCAACAAUGGCUGCCUGUGUCUUACACUGUCACUGACUGACUGACUGACUGACUGACUGUUGAGCAUGUUGACUGACUCAUGUUUAAUAAGUAGAGCCCAAAAAACAGAUCAAAGCUUCAUUAUCAAUCCCUAUUGGCUUAUAGUGUUACAGACCUGCAAUAUUGCCACACACAAGCUCCAAGUCUCUAAAGCAAAAAGAUCUUAACUCAAGGUCCUCUUACAACGUUUAUUCCUGAGCUUUAAUACAUCUCACAGUCUUCAUAUUUAUACACAGUUUACAAACAGUGUAAAAUACAUGACGCUGGAUAAAAACAAAAGAAAAUGUUACAAUCAAAUCUUCAAGUUGGAGGUGGUAAAGUGAAAGCUCUGGAAAAAGCCAGUAAGUCAACCUUUAGUUUAGAUUUUAUUUUCCUGAAAUUCCUCGAACCUGCAGCGAGUCUCCUCCUCAUGUCCAUCUCCUUUUUUUUGAUUGGUAUUUGAGGAAAUCAAUCGAUUGGUAUCAGUUGAUUAAGGGAAAUCAAUAGCCAAUGAUUUUCACCUUGAUAAGUUUCCCUUAUGUUGAUAUGGCUUUAAUUUAGAAAAACAGCUUCAGAAAUGACAAAAAUGACUUUUACUACCAUCUAAAUUUUCUAAAUUCGAUUAUGAAAAGUUUAACCUGAUGAAAAUACUUCAUGAAACAUUCGCUCCCUAUGAAAUUUCAGAAUACAGCUCCAGAUGUGAGAUAAAAAAAAAUCUCCUCAUCAAAGUCUCCGCAAGAAAGUGAAUACAUUUAUUUUUCAGUGUUGAACUAUUCCUUGACGAAUGACUGGCUGACCUGAUGGGACGCUGAAAGACGACGAAGACGAACUGACCAAACAGAUCAAACACUAAAGGUUUAAAUGGUUGACUGAGGAACCGGCAGACUCACCGGUGGAGGAGUUACAUCAUCUCUAAGCUCUGAAAACUGUGACUCUGAUUCAAAAGUAAAUAAGAAACAGGCUGGAGACCAGGUUGUCCACAAUAAUCUUACACUGAUCCUUUUCUUUUCUGUUAAACUGCAGCUCAGAAUUUACUCCACCAUCUAAACUCAGAGCUUUGAUGUUAUUGAUUUUGAUCACAGUUGAUCACAAUUAACCGAGCCACAUGUCUGUGGUUUUACAAGUUAGAACUGUCUUUGUCUUUGUCCCAAAGUUCAGACAUUAAAGAAUAAAGUGUGGAGGAAAUAAAAAGCUUCUUACUACAAUCUAGUAAAUCAGUGAAUAAAUAAAACUGCUGUCGGGGGGGAUUCAGUAUCAACGGGUGGCGCCAAUUCACAGAGUCGCCAUUUGACUUCCUGUUUUUUAUUUUUUUUUUGGAGACGUGGAGGAAUAUUUAGUUUUGAAUGUGUUGACAUAUCACUUUCUCUGUACGUGUUGAUCCUUCCUGAGGCGGCGGUGGCGCUGGUUUUUUUCUAGUUAUUUAACAUUUCGGUUUCUUUGAACUUCUUUUAGUGGGACUGUAAAGGUUUUCACAAAGCUGCAGAAUCAGAGCGAUUCAAGGUAAAUUUGAAUAAAACAU